GAGAGCCAGAGGAGGUGGAGAACUUGGGCAGCUCUGCAGAGUGGGGCAGGAGCUCCGGUGUUUGGUACCCUCAGCCCCACCGCUGUUGCCGCUGCUGCAGCGGGGACACAGACACCCCCAGUUUCCUUGUGCGAGUGGCCCAGGGCCUCUCCAAGCCUCCACCAUCCUGGAGACAGCCACAUUCUCCUAAAGGCCACCCCCCCCCAAGUCUCCGUGGGCCUGGGGCGCGGCAGGAUGGCAGCAGGCGUGGCCACAUGGCUGCCUUUUGCACGGGCGGCCGCGGUGGGCUGGCUGCCCCUGGCCCAGCAGCCCCUGCCCCCCGCGCCGGGGGUGAAGGCAUCUCGAGGGGAUGAGGUUCUGGUGGUGAACGUGAGCGGACGGCGCUUUGAGACCUGGAAGAACACGCUGGACCGCUACCCAGACACUCUGCUGGGCAGUUCUGAAAAGGAAUUCUUCUAUGACGCCGACUCAGGCGAGUACUUCUUUGAUCGCGACCCAGACAUGUUCCGGCACGUGCUCAACUUCUACCGCACGGGCCGACUGCACUGCCCACGGCAGGAGUGCAUCCAGGCCUUUGACGAAGAGCUGGCUUUCUAUGGCCUGGUGCCUGAGCUCGUGGGCGACUGCUGCCUCGAAGAGUACCGGGACCGCAAGAAGGAGAACGCUGAGCGCCUGGCGGAGGACGAGGAGGCCGAGCAGGCCGGGGACGGCCCAUCCCUGCCGGCUGGCAGCUCCCUGCGGCAGCGGCUCUGGCGGGCCUUCGAGAACCCACACACGAGCACCGCGGCCCUCGUUUUCUACUACGUUACCGGCUUUUUCAUCGCCGUGUCGGUCAUCGCCAACGUGGUUGAGACCAUUCCGUGCCGCGGCCCUGCACGGCGGCCCCCGAGGGAGCAGCCCUGCGGCGAGCGCUUCCCGCUGGCCUUUUUCUGCAUGGACACGGCCUGUGUACUCAUAUUCACAGGUGAAUACCUUCUGCGGCUGUUCGCGGCCCCUAGCCGUUGCCGCUUCCUGCGGAGUGUAAUGAGCCUCAUCGACGUGGUGGCCAUCCUGCCCUACUACAUCGGGCUCCUUGUGCCCAAGAACGAGGAUGUCUCGGGCGCCUUUGUCACCCUGCGGGUGUUCCGGGUAUUCCGUAUCUUCAAGUUCUCCAGGCACUCACAGGGCUUGCGGAUUCUGGGCUACACACUCAAGAGCUGUGCCUCUGAGCUGGGCUUUCUCCUCUUUUCCCUUACCAUGGCCAUCAUCAUCUUCGCCACUGUUAUGUUUUAUGCCGAGAAGGGCACAAACAAGACCAACUUUACUAGCAUCCCCGCGGCCUUCUGGUAUACCAUUGUCACCAUGACCACACUUGGCUACGGAGACAUGGUGCCCAGCACCAUUGCUGGCAAGAUUUUCGGAUCCAUCUGCUCACUCAGUGGCGUCUUGGUCAUUGCUCUGCCUGUGCCAGUCAUUGUGUCCAACUUUAGCCGCAUCUACCACCAGAACCAGCGUGCUGACAAGCGCCGAGCACAGCAGAAGGUGCGCUUGGCAAGGAUCCGGUUGGCAAAGAGUGGUACCACCAACGCCUUCCUGCAGUACAAGCAGAACGGGGGUCUUGAGGACAGCAGCAGUGGGGAAGAACAGGUGCUGUGUGUCAGGAACCGUUCUGCCUUUGAGCAGCAACAUCACCACUUGCUGCAUUGUCUAGAGAAGACAACGUGCCAUGAGUUCACGGAUGAGCUAACCUUCAGUGAGGCCCUGGGCGCUGUCUCGCUGGGUGGCCGCACCAGCCGCAGCACCUCCGUGUCCUCCCAGCCAGUGGGGCCUGGCAGCCUGCUAUCCUCUUGCUGCCCCCGCAGAGCCAAGCGCCGUGCCAUCCGCCUUGCCAACUCCACUGCCUCGGUCAGCCGUGGCAGCAUGCAGGAGCUGGACACGCUGGCAGGGCUGCGGAGGAGCCCUGCCCCUCAGAGCCGCUCAAGCCUCAAUGCCAAGCCCCAUGACAGCCUUGACUUGAACUGCGACAGCCGGGACUUCGUGGCUGCCAUCAUCAGUAUCCCCACCCCUCCUGCCAACACCCCAGAUGAGAGCCAACCUUCCUCCCCUGGCGGUGGUGGCAGUGGGGCCAGCAGCACCCUCAGGAACUCCAGCCUGGGUACCCCUUGCCUCCUUCCCGAGACUGUCAAGAUCUCUUCCCUCUGAGGGAUGGGCCUGCCCAUCCAGAGCGCUCUCCCAAUUCUUGGAGGCUCCCUUCCAAAGCCAUAUUUUGGGGAUGCAGAGAAGGGCAGCCUGGAGACCCCUUCUGCCCCCCACUGAGAACUAUGCAAUGGAGUUCCAUGGAAUGGCCCACCUGGUGGGGAAAUAGCCAGGGAAAGGGAAACUUCCCCUACCCCAGACAGUUUUCCUUGUGGGAGCUGAAGCACUGGACUUCCUCAGGCCCCCAGCCUCCUUGCCCCAGCACACUGGGACUGGCCCCUCUACCCAAGCGGGCCUCCUGCAUGCUCCUCCCCUCAGGAGUUCUGGCCCAAGAAGAAGAGGUGAAACUUCCUCUUCUCUCUGGCUGAGCUGUGGACGUUUGGGGGUUCAGAGAAGAGAACCCUCACUUCUGAUCUGGCCUCUAGAAGAAGUCCCCACCCUCCACCGGGCCCAACAACUCUCAAAUUCCGAAGCUUGGAAUGCAACCACAGGCUUCAUGGGCUGUGGCCUCAGCAGUGACCUUGGUUCAGGGGUCAGGCUGCCUUUCCCAACACACACAGAUAGCACAAACACCACCCCCCUUCCCUGGCUGCUGGAAACGGGUCCCCGCAACCCCGUCCUCCACUGGGCCCCCAGCAAACUCUAGCAAUAGCAGCUGCUGCCGUGACAUUAUGCAAAGCCUCUGCCCAGUUUGCUGCAGUAUUUACAUCUGCCCUAAUCAUAGGGGCCACCUCUAACUACUCCUCCUUCUCUCUUCUCUGGCUUGCUUCCUUCCUGGGUUGGGCUGGAGUCUGGACUGGCUGAGAUAAAAGCCUGGCAGCUGGCAAGAGCUGGGCUGUGUUUGGAGAUCAUGGGCUGAUUCCAUGUUCUUGGGCAGGAGUCCAGAAGUGGCAGGGGCUGAGGCCUGGGUUGUUCCUGAGCUCUGGGAGUUGUAGGAGGCAGGAGGAACUUCUUGAUCUCCUCCUCCUCCCCGACAAUGCCUGUUCACAUAUCCCUCUCUCUUCUCCCUCUUCGGUCACCUUCCGGAACUCUCUGUCUGCUCUCAGGCUGAAAUCUGGUAUCAUCUCAGG